AGCUCAAGAUUAAUGCUUUAAAAUGCUUGAUAUUUCAGGUAUGUUCCUGUGCUCACAUCUCUGUAUCCACUGCUGUUAUUUAUAUGAUGGCUCAUAACUUAAGAAACAAGUAUUUCAAGUUGUCUUGGUUUCUUUACUGUAACAGUGUUUUCCUCCAGCUUGCGUAGUUUCUCUACACAGAAAGACGGAGUAGCAGCUCUCACUGCUCAGAAUUCACAUCUAAUUCUCAGGAAUAUCAAACACAUUUAGUGAAAGAAAGAGGCUUCGCAGAUGAACCUCGUGCUUCAAAGCAGCUCUGAUGCAAAAAGGUGAAUUAAUGAGCAAAGCACAGACCAUAAAAAAAUAAAACUUUAGCAGAGUUUCUUUUCAUAAUAAGUCAUAAUAUUUUAAUUAUCUCUAGGCAGCAGUUUAUUAGGUGUGAAAGACUCUUCAUUGACACUAUUUUGGUGUGUGAUCAUGUUGGCUGAUCAAAACACUUCCUUAAGUUUUGAGGAAAUUUACUGUCUCCUUUUGCUAAAUUACAAUCUAUGACCUUCCUAUUUUGUCAAACGUGUAUUUAUUUUUGUGCUUUAUUAUUUCUAAAAAAAACAAACAAACAAAAAAAAAACUAAUUAAAUAAACUCCUUUUUCCACCAAGUGAUUCACAAAUAAAGUUUUCAGUCGAUUUCUGAUGGUCUCGCGAGCCUGAACUUCUCCUCUUCUCUGUUAUCUCUGAGAUUUCUUCAGCUUAGACACACAUAAUCUAUUUCAGACAGCUUGCUAUGCAAAGUCAUUUAACAUAUGUUUACAUCAUGCGUGAUAUAUGUAUUUGUUAUGUAUUAUUGAUGUUAAGAUACAGAAACGUGUAUCUUCCGUGUAUAAUGCAGGCUACUGGAGACAUUGUGGAGCUCUUUAGGAAAGUUUAACAUCAUGGAGAGAUUUUCUUCACUUGUUCUGCCUACCUGAUUUUAAGAGGCACCUGUAUUAUAGUACAAAACAAACCUGUGUAAGAACGCUUACAUGCAGUUAAAACUAAUCCCUCCACCACUGUCAUUAUCUCAUAAUAUUAACCAACUGUCAAAGUGUGAAACAAUAGCAGUGUGUCAAACAUAAACAUACAGUGUUUUACUGCAUGAUAAUGGAUUUACCCAGCUCUGUUUACUUUAACACCUUUACGGUUAGAAGAUAACCAUUAUCUAACCCUUACUAUAUACAGUAUAUAUAUGUAAAUAUAUAUAUAUAUAUAUAUAUAGAGAGAGAGAGAGAGAGAGAGAGAGUACAAACUUUGUUAUAGAUGUUUAUUUUCUGACUUCUACAUUAUUGAUUCAGUACAAAAACAUUUUAGAUUCCAAACAUUAGUUUUCCAGCACAAAAUGAAAUGUUACAGAAAAAUGUUUGUAUGUCAGUAAAGAAAGCAGCAGAUUUGAAAAGAGACACUUUUCAGAUAAAAACAUAAUGAAGGCUGCUGGGUUUCGCUGCAGAAAUAAGAAGCGAGUCGACAGUCAAAGUCUCCAGAAGAACUGUGGCUGCUUCUGCAAGAUGCUCAGUAACACUUCCAGCUCAUUUCCUUAUAAAACUGCACACACUGCACCUCAGAUACUGCUUUAUUUUAUUUAAAGUGAAGGAUCGUCACAUUAAAUACUGACUUUGUUUCAUUUAUUACUGUUUACUGCUCUUUAUAGGAUUUUUUUCAAAUGUAGAAACAUUUAAUUUCAUAAUUUUUGAAGGCAUCUUUGUUCUACAGCAUUUCUUUGCACAAGCCUAAGACUUGCCACGGUUAAAGUCACAGAGAUCACACUUUUUCUUCAUUCUGAUGUUUGACGUGAACAUUAACUGAAGCUCUUGACCUGUAUCUGCAGGAUUUUAUGCAUUAUGCUGCUGCCAUGUGAUUGGUUGACUGGAUAACUACAUGAAUGAGCAGGUAUACAGGUGUUCCUAUUAAAGUGGUAGGUGAGUGUUAUACACUAAUUUUGAAUAUAAGCAAGUUAUAUUACAUCGGUAGAGCAUAAGCAGAAUUUUAAGGCUAAAUACAAGCUUUCUAUUUCUCUGGAUGCCUUUUCUUUUUCUCCUCUUGUCUUGUUUGUAAAUCAGCUAUAGCAUUUCCAUUGGAGUCCAAUAUUAGCCAAAGCAUCCUGGAACUGAAUCAAGCUCAUAUUUAAUCAGUGCAUUUUUGGCAGCUACACUUUCUGUUGUGUUACACUCCAACCACUGCUGUGGAUUAUAGAUGAAAACUUUUUACUAUAAAUAUGAUCACAGGGACAGUUGUAUCGGAGGCUACAUGUGUGCAGAACUCCAUCUUAGAUUCUUCUACAUGCUAAUAUUUCAGUGGGUUUAUUUGUGGAAUGUGUAGCAAAGGUGUUUGAGUUAGCAUGCAUAUUUGGAGAAAGUGAGGCUGUACAUUUAUAAGUGCAGCUACUCUGUUAGGAGCGAUAACCGAACAUUUUUAUGAACAAAUUUUAUGUGGGAAUGUAAACAUCCAUUACACACCAAUGAAACGUUUAAAACAGAUAUUAUCUGAGUGGUUUAAAAUAAGCAUAGCAGUUUUAGAUUUUCCCCAAAGUUGUUAGACCUGUGUUCCUCGGUCCUGCACAUGGUGCACUAGACAAUGAACUAAAACUAAUAAUGCAUGAGAACGUACAGUUCUGUUAACCUCAGUUAUCAAGCUUAGGGGAGAAAUUAAAAUUGGUAAAUUAAAAUGAAAAUUGUACAGCGAACACUCCACAUAAACAGAUUUUAAAAAUGUGUGUAAUCAUUGACAUGGUGAAGUUUUCUGUAAAAACACGUUUAUGUAACAUUUAUGGAAGGAGUCUCCAGUGUCAGCGCUUUGUAACAGUCAGAGGUAAAGCUGUAACUUUAAGUUUUUCGACAUCUUCAGGACAGAGGAGUUUACGCUUCUUUGUGGUUUCUCGAUUUUUUUCUAUUAACUUACCUGGUGAGGGAAAGACUGUUUAUAGCUGCUAUAACGUACAUGAGAACAGGAACUAACCUGUUUCACUGAUGUUCCACAACAUUAAAUGUAAAUAUAAGUGGAUAAAAUGUCUCAUUAUUCAAUAAAUAAAAAUUUAAAAAAAAUGUAAAAAUAAAAACUUGCUGAAUAUAGUGCAAAGGAAAAUAAUCAGCUUCAGGAUGAUGACAGUAACUCUGCUUUAUCACACUACCUUGUCAUCUUUUAUUACUUAUACAUAUCAUAAUUUAUUAAAAUAAAAAAAAUUAAAUUCUUCAUUCAUCAGAUUAAGUCCAACUUUAAAAGGGAAAGUCAAAAUCCAAAAAGAGAAUGUAAUACUAGAUCUAAAAGUGCAUGUGAAAUAAGACACUUUCGCAGUGUAUUGCUGAUGCAUGAAUUAAUGACGUUUCAUCACUCUGAUGAUCCACACAGGAGAGAAACUUGCAUCACAGAAAUAUGUUAAAAGUGUGGAGAAGCUCAGAGACAAGAUUUAUGCUUUAAAAUGCCUGAUAUUUCAGUUGUGUUUCUGUUUCUCUGAUAUUUCAGUCAUGUCUCUGUAUCCACUGCUGUCAUUUAUGUCACAGAAGCAAGUAUUUCAAGUUGUCUGGGUCGCUUUACUGCUAGCCCGUGUAUUUUCUCUACAGGCAUACAAUUUGAUAAAAUCCCUAUUUGUGGUUAAUCUGUAAAUCCAGUAAAUGUGUAUACAGAGUGCAUCAGUAUAUUGAAACCAAAGCGCCUUUCUGCGUGAGUGCAGUGACGUUAAAGCCUUCAAUAUCUGACACGUUGGGAGUGAGGACAGGAUGUUUAUUAUGUGAUUUUAUUUAAAUAUAGGAGGAAUCACUAAUUUUGCUGAAAUAUUUAUGCAAAGAGAAGCUAUUGAGCUGAGACUUAACUACAGUGAGCUAGAAAAACAGUUUUUAAAUUAAAUUAAAGAGGUAAUAAAAGCAUGAACUAGUUUAUCUGCAUCUUGUAGUGAUCUCUUAUCUUAGCAAUAUUUCAGAGAUGAAAGAAGGUUAUCCUAUAGAUAUUAUAUACACGAGCUUCAAAUGAGAGACUGGAGUCAAUAAUCACACCAAGGUCUUUUACUGCUGCACAGGAUGAAACAGAAAGGCCAUCCAGAGUUAUCAGAACUUCUUUCUUGUCAGAAUUAAAUACCAGGAAGUUCUAGUUCUGGUCAUGAACUUAGAAGUGAUAACAUCAGGAGCUUGGGAGUGGCAGCUGGUAGCAACCACUGCUGCAGCUUGAAGCUUUUUUUUAAGGCUGUUAUUACAAUAAGUCAUGAACCUGUACAGAGUUUGUCAAAUUAUUUACACAAGAAGAUAACAAACCUGUCAAUCUUUAAAAGGUCAGGGAGAUUUGUAAUCUAUUUUAAACAGAACUGGAUAUGAACCAAACAAGGUGAUAGCUAUUAAGAGCAUUCUUUCUUCCUGAGCUCGUAAGAAAAAACAAAAUUGCUUCUGUAGAAAUCUGUGUCAGGAUCCUGGUCAUAUCUACAAUUUUUUAUUUGUAAUAUGUUAAUGUUACAGUUGUUUUGUACCAUGCAGAUUGCUGUAUAGAAAGACAACAUCAGUUAUCUCUGUCUCUUAAGCCAUAUUUGGACUGGAUUCGUUUUACAUGAGGAGGUGGAGUAAUGUAAUUAUUAUCUCUUGGAUUUUAGUCCUGUCCGAAUUCGUAAGGGAGAAACACCUCCAAAUCGCACACCUUUAAAGGGACUAGGAUCCGAUAAAGGAUGAAGAUAAAACCCCUGCCGGUCCUAUUAGUACUAAUAGGACUACUGGGGACAUCAUCUGAUCACAAUCAGCUGUUAGUUCAUGGCUGGAGAAGGACUGACAAUGGUUUAGUUAUCCCAGAUCCUCAGGAUUUGAACACUACUGCUAUCGAAAACCCAGUGAAUAUAUUGAACUCUGUAACUGCAGAAGCUUUGAAUAAUGGAACGGAUGUCAAACUUUUUAGGGAAGGAGCUCAAGUAAUUGUCAGAAGGUACUGGUAUCCAUAUCUUGUUAUAGGAGUCCAGGCGCAAUCACCAGCAACUACUGCAUCCACAACGCCUUCACUUACACCUACAAACUUCACAACCCAGACCAUCACAACUCUUAAAACAGCCAGUGCAGAAAUGACAACUCCUGCAGAGUUGUUACCAUCACAUGCUUCUACUGCCCCCUACAGUACACCUGAAGGACAUAGUACAGCUAGUACAAUAUCAACUACUUCAACACAGGAAGCUACAACUGGGACAACUGCUUCAAUAACAGAUUCAAUAACAACUACAUCUCUGACACAGGAAGCUACAACUGGGACAAAUGUUUCAAUAACAGAUUCAAUAACAACUACAUCUCCGACACAGGAAGCUACAACUGGGACAAAUGUUUCAAUAACAGAUUCAAUAACAACUACGUCUCCGACACAGGAAGCUACAACUGGGACAAAUGUUUCAAUAACAGAUUCAAUAACAACUACGUCUCCGACACAGGAAGCUACAACUGGGACAACUGCUUCAAUAACAGAUUCAAUAACAACUACAUCUCCGACACAGGAAGCUUCAACUGGGACAAAUGUUUCAAUAACAGAUUCAAUAACAACUACAUCUCCGACACAGGAAGCUACAACUGGGACAAAUGUUUCAAUUACAGAUUCAAUAACAACUACAUCUCCGACACAGGAAGCUACAACUGGGACAAAUGUUUCAAUUACAGAUUCAAUAACAACUACGUCUCCGACACAGGAAGCUACAACUGGGACAAAUGUUUCAAUAACAGAUUCAAUAACAACUACGUCUCCGACACAGGAAGCUACAACUGGGACAAAUGUUUCAAUAACAGAUUCAAUAACAACUAAAUCUCCAACACAGGAAGCUACAACUGGGACAAAUGUUUCAAUAACAGAUUCAAUAAUAACUACAUCUCCGACACAGGAAGCUACAACUGGGACAAAUGUUUCAAUUACAGAUUCAAUAACAACUACGUCUCCGACACAGGAAGCUACAACUGGGACAAAUGUUUCAAUAACAGAUUCAAUAACAACUACGUCUCCGACACAGGAAGCUACAACUGGGACAAAUGUUUCAAUAACAGAUUCAAUAACAACUAAAUCUCCAACACAGGAAGCUACAACUGGGACAAAUGUUUCAAUAACAGAUUCAAUAAUAACUACGUCUCCGACACAGGAAGCUACAACUGGGACAAAUGUUUCAAUUACAGAUUCAAUAACAACUACAUCUCCGACACAGGAAGCUACAACUGGGACAAAUGUUUCAAUAACAGAUUCAAUAACAACUAAAUCUCCGACACAGGAAGCUACAACUGGGACAAAUGUUUCAAUAACAGAUUCAAUAACAACUAAAUCUCCGACACAGGAAGCUACAACUGGGACAAAUGUUUCAAUAACAGAUUCAAUAACAACUACAUCUCCGACACAGGAAGCUACAACUGGGACAAAUGUUUCAAUUACAGAUUCAAUAACAACUACGUCUCCGACACAGGAAGCUACAACGGGGACAAAUGUUUCAAUUACAGAUUCAAUAACAACUACGUCUCCGACACAGGAAGCUACAACGGGGACAAAUGUUUCAAUUACAGAUUCAAUAACAACUACGUCUCCGACACAGGAAGCUACAACUGGGACAAAUGUUUCAAUAACAGAUUCAAUAACAACUACGUCUCCGACACAGGAAGCUACAACUGGGACAAAUGUUUCAAUAACAGAUUCAAUAACAACUACGUCUCCGACACAGGAAGCUACAACUGGGACAACUGCUUCAAUAACAGAUUCAAUAACAACUACGUCUCCGACACAGGAAGCUACAACUGGGACAAAUGUUUCAAUAACAGAUUCAAUAACAACUACGUCUCCGACACAGGAAGCUUCAACUGGGACAAAUGUUUCAAUUACAGAUUCAAUAACAACUACGUCUCCGACACAGGAAGCUACAACUGGGACAAAUGUUUCAAUUACAGAUUCAAUAACAACUACGUCUCCGACACAGGAAGCUACAACUGGGACAAAUGUUUCAAUAACAGAUUCAAUAACAACUAAAUCUCCGACACAGGAAGCUACAACUGGGACAAAUGUUUCAAUAACAGAUUCAAUAACAACUACGUCUCCGACACAGGAAGCUACAACUGGGACAAAUGUUUCAAUAACAGAUUCAAUAACAACUACGUCUCCGACACAGGAAGCUACAACUGGGACAAAUGUUUCAAUUACAGAUUCAAUAACAACUAAAUCUCCGACACAGGAAGCUACAACUGGGACAAAUGUUUCAAUAACAGAUUCAAUAACAACUAAAUCUCCGACACAGGAAGCUACAACUGGGACAAAUGUUUCAAUAACAGAUUCAAUAACAACUAAAUCUCCGACACAGGAAGCUACAACUGGGACAAAUGUUUCAAUUACAGAUUCAAUAUCAACUACAUCUCUGACCCAGGAAGCUACAACAACAACAGCUGUGGAAGAAUCGAAAACAAAAACUCCAAUAAUUUUAGUACCAGAGAAAGCAACAACCAAUAUACCAACCAUAAAAACAUCCAAAACUCCAUCAACAACAACAACAACAGACAUUAAAACAACCAAAACUCCAACCACAACAAUAACCAAAACUCUAACCACAACAACCAAAACUCUAACCACAACAACAACAACAACAACAACAACCAAAAAACCAACCACAGCAACAACCAAAAAAACAACCACUACAACACCAACAACAACAACAACUACUACUGCUACUACUACUACUACUCCUCCUGCAGUAAUAGUAUUAAAGAUAGAAAUUCUCAAAUUCACUCUUGACAUGACGUUCAUCGCAGACCUCGCAAAUCCUUUAUCAGCUGCUUUCCUAUCACUUGCUGCAUGGAUUGAAGAACAGCUUAAUAUAGUAUAUAAAGCGAAAUUUGACAAACGCUACAGCCAUUCCAAAGUCAACAACCUUCAGAAAGGAUCUAUUAAAGUAAAUGCAACAUUAUUCUUUUUUGACACGAUGCCUGACAAUAUGUUGCUAGAAAACACUCUGAUUUCAGCCUGGGAAAGUGACGUUACCAGCUUGCCUCUAAUAAAUAACACUGUUGUUGCUGGACAAGGUGACCCGUCUAGCAGCUCUCCGAGGGAAGCGUUAUUUUCUUCAGUGACCCUCCUUCUCACAUGUGUACUUUUAAUAUCACAAACUCUUUCAUUAAUAUAGUCCACAGGGUGUUUUUAGCCCCACAGAUCACCAAAAUGUAGAUUAUAACUAAACAUAACCUUUUUAAAUUCAAAUAGUGAUAAAGAAGCCCUAGUUGUUUUCAAUCACUUAUAGAAGUCUAUGUGUACAGUAGCCGAAUGUUUGUACUGGCUUAUGGAUUUUUACAUUAUUUAUGAAGAGGUAUUUGGGUAAAGAUAUAUAUAUAUAUAUAUAUAUAUAUAUGUAUAUUGCUAGCUUUUCAUACUUACCUGAGUGUGAAUUCUUAAUUCUUGCCCUGUAAUGUCUACUGGGUAGAUUUCUGGGAUUAUUCUUAAAUCUGUAUAUUUGUUUUUGUUCUUCAUAAUAUCCUUAGUGUAGCCUUUUCACUGUUUAUUAUGUGCCUAACUUGCUUGCCUGCUUGUAUUUAUGAUAUUUACAUUCCAAUCUCACAGCUCAUCACAUGUUACUGUGGUAUACUGAAUAGUAUGACAUAAUAAUUAAGCAGGUGUGGGCUUCAUCUACAGGUUGGUGUAUUCUUGUGUUUCAUGCGACAUCACACUGUAUAAUCAUUGCCAUUUUAAGGAGCAAAUAGAAGACUGAUUGCAUGAAUGUUACUGAGUCAGUGCUUCGUUAAGAAGCUUCACUUCAUUACUCAGAUAAGAACAACAACUAGCGAUGCAAACAGAGAUGUCAUUAAUGUUGUGUGAAGUGUCUCGACACUGGAAAGGAGAAUCCUUCAUUCUGAUGGUAGGAGGGUGCUCUACAAAACCAUCAGCCUGUAUCCUCUUGGUUUCUGUGAUGUACAACUGAUUACAUAUCUUACAGGAGAGACGGUUAACUCCUGCAGUGAUGCACAAGGCAUGAUAAGUGGCAAAAACUGAUCCUUUAGGGCCUAUGAUUUUAGUGUCUGUAUUAAUAAAUUUGCAGGUGGAACCUCUUGAACGGUUGCAUACAGAAGCACUGUAGUUACUCUUAGGCUGUGUAUUUAAUUCAGUAGAAUGAGAAAUGAGCACUAAAAGUCAUAGCAGUCUGUCCUAAAGUCUGUCCUAGCAGUCAAUUGUGUAGAAGCCAUAUGUAUGAGUUUAUGAGCAACUUAUGAGUGUGAGGAUAAGAGUAAUUUCUGAAUUUAUUAUAGUUUUAACUUAAAGUCUGUUGUAUCGAACUGAAGUUAUUAACUGUUCAAUGGUGAGACCCGAGUGCAAGCUGUUCUUAGCAAUCCAUGCAUCCCAGUUCACCACAACACUCUAUGCCUGUGAACCGUCUGCUGCUUUACCUAUUAUCUGCUAUUGUUGUUGUGCUGCAACAUCAGUCCAAAAUGUUGAAUGAAUAUUUAAGGUUCACUAUACUAGAACAGAACCAAUAGCCACUCAGGCCUGUAACUGUGAAAGUCUAGUUAAAGUAGCUUUUUAUGAGCUUUUUAUUAAUUAUUACAAUUAAUAAUAAAAAAAGAUUUGUACUGUAAUUUAUGAUGUGUGGUCUUGUUUAUCUAAUUAUCUAUAGGAUAACAAAAAGAUUGAUAGUGUAGGCAGGGCAUAUAAGUGCUACAUAGCUAGAUACAGUAUAAGCAGUAGAUUAUUGCUGCAUUCGUGGUGCCUUGUAAGUGGUAAUUUGAAGGUUGCUCUGAAAACAAUGUGGAUGUUAUAGAUAAUUUGAGUAGUUUUGAGGGCAAGGCUGGCCUGUUAGGGCGGGACGGUGUCCAUCCCACUCGGGAAGUGCUGAUCUCAUUUUUUCCAGCAUAGCACAUAGUCUCAGAACAGGCCUAGUUAAUCUGUGACAAUCCAGGGCUAAGGCCAGGGAGCAGACAAGCAGGUUAAACUGACCUGAGUCAUCACUCACUAUACUACUAUACGAUAUUGAGACUGUGUCUGUUCCCUGAGGUAAACAAAAAUGUAGAAAUACUCAGAGAGUUUGUUGUAGUAACCUAAUUAACAUAAAAUUAGAUCAUACUGAAUGCACAGCCAGCACCUUUCAUCUGAAGCUAGGAUGAGAACAAUAAAGCGCUUAUUGUUAAUGAAACUAUUACUGAUCAAGAAUUUAAUAUACUGAGUUUAACAGAAAUAUGGAUUAAACUAAAUGAGUAUGUAGCAAUAAAUGAAGCUAACUGGCAGAG